AUGUCUAGUAUGGAUGUAAAUACCAUUGGAACACACAAAAUAAGAAGUAUACCAGGUGGAGAGGUCAUGGAGUUGAAAAGUAUUUGGCAAGAGCAGGAUGCUGUGGUAAUUUUUUUCCGCCGCUGGGGAUGUAUGCUGUGUAGAUUAUGGGCUAAAGAGCUGAGCGAAAUUGCACCAGUGUUAAGGAAACACAACAUUAGGCUGGUGGGUGUAGGUGUGGAGGGUGCCGGUUCAAAGGAAUUCCUGGAGAGCAAAUUCUUUGAUGGAGAGCUUUAUCACGUGGAGGACAUAUCGACGUACCAGAAGUUGGGCUUCAAGAGGUUCAAUGUCGUCUCGAUCAUCACCUCGUUGUUCUGGAAGCAGUCGCGCGAAGCUAUCGCCAAAGGGAAGGGGAUGGGGCUGGGCGGCGAUCUGAAGGGCGAUUGGACGCAGACCGGGGGCGUGGUGCUGGCCAAGGGCGGUGACGUCACUCGCCCCUUUGUCCAGACGGGCCCGGGGGACCAUAUGCCCAACUUGGACAUUCUCAAGCACUUCAAUCUGGAAUCGGAAUACCGACAGGAGACAAUGGCGAACAAGAAACGCGAGAAUCUGGAGUGCAAAACAGAAGCUAAAUCG